AUGGCCAGUGACACUACACAAGAUACGUCCCUGCGCUGGUCCUCCCAACUCUCGGUCGCUCCUCCGUGGCGAGCUCCCAAGCUACCCGGUGAUAAGAUCACCCUUCCACAGUCCGCCCUCGAACAACUCUUGGCCGCCGCUCCCGUAAGCGCCGUCGCCUCGCAAAAUCCGCGGACGCACACGGCCGCCUUCGACCCAUUUAACCCACACACCUUCGCCGCCGAGUCUCGCGCGCGCCAACAGUUCGAGCAGCGCCAACAGCAGCUUCCGCAUCCGCUGACCUUCCGCAUUGUCAACCCCCGCAAUGGUCGUUUCAUCUACGCGGGCAUCCGUGAGUUCUCGGCGCAGGAGAAUGAGGUUGUCAUGAGCGCGCUGCUUCGGGAGGCGCUGGAGAUUGACGACGCGGAACUUUCACAUAUGAAUGGCGGAGCGCGGGGAGAAGAGGAUAUGAUGGACCCAGAGUUGCCGGUGGACCAACUUCCCCAAGGCCCUGCAGUCACGGUGCAUGCAAAGCAACUGCCGAAAGGUUCUUAUGUUCGUCUCCGUCCGUUAGAAGCUGGGUACGACCCCGAGGAUUGGAAGGCUCUACUCGAGCGUUACUUGCGGGACAAUUUCACAACAUUGACUGUGGGUGAGCUGCUGGCGGUAUCCGGGACGCGAAAUGAAUCGUUUCGGUUUCUAGUCGACAAAGUAUACCCCGAGGGCGAAGGAAUCUGUGUUGUGGAUACGGACCUGGAGGUUGAUAUAGUGGCAUUAACGGAAGAGCAAGCGCGGGAAACGUUACAAAAACGCCUGGAGAAGGCCUCGCGUGCUCCUGGCACACAGAGCGGCAGCUCGAUAGGUGGCACGCUCAGCCUGGGAGAGAAUGUGACAGCACAAGUCGUGCCGGGGGAGUACGUGGACUACGAGAUUCGAGAUUGGAUUCGGCAGAACACGAUUGAGAUCGAACUCACGACGUUGGAUGAAGCAGACGCAUACCUUUUCAUCAGCCCCCUUUCUUCGCACCAACAGAGUCGACCUAGAGCAGACGAACAUGUACUGGGGGAUUUCUCGUCCCGGUCGACUAAGCGACUCCGACUUCAACCAACCAACGUCGCUCUCGAAGGAGCGGAGGCUCUCUAUAUAUCGGUCCAUGCAUAUUCUAUGUCCGGUUCAGAACCACAACCACCUGUGCAGUAUAAUCUCCGGAUUACAGCAGAUUCUACCCGUGCCGAGGCAGAGACAGAACACGAGGCCGAAUCGCACGAGCCUGGUGAUGUACAAUGUCAAAACUGCCAGCAGUGGGUACCGCAGCGGACAUUGGUUCUGCAUGAAAACUUCUGUCUCCGCAACAAUGUGCGCUGCCCUCAGUGUAGCAACGUCUUUCAAAAACGAUCUCCCGAGUGGCAAAAUCAUUGGCACUGCGCCCAUGAUUCGGCCCAUGGGAACGAUACCACCAGCAAGAGCAGACACGAUGCCAUCUUUCAUGAGGAAUAUGCAUGUCCAAGUUGCGGUGUUCGCACGGAGGGACUGCCAUCUUUGGCACAACAUCGAACCACUGUGUGUCCGGGGAAGCUGAUCCUUUGUCAAUUCUGUCAUCUGCUCGUGCCACAGAAGAGCGACUCUGACCCUGAUCUAUAUGACCCCGAGGUUGUGCUCUCGGGCCUUACGCCACAUGAGCUGGUCGACGGUGGCCGCACAACUGAGUGUCAUCUGUGCAACAAGAUCAUUCGUCUGCGGGAUAUGAAGACCCAUCUCCGCCAUCACGACUUGGAACGUCUGUCCCGGCCAGCGCCUCGCAUCUGUCUGAAUCAGAACUGCGGACGGACGCUGACUAGCGCGGGAAAUGAGUCUCUUGGCCUAUGCAAUAUAUGCUUUGGACCGCUCUACGUGGACACCUAUGAUCCAGAAGGCAAGGCGCUGCGCCGCCGCAUCGAACGACGGUAUCUCUCACAGAUGAUGACUGGAUGUGGCAAACCCUGGUGCCAGAACGAGUAUUGCAAGAACGGGAAGCAGAAGAGAUCUGGUACCAGUUCGGGUACCAUGAGCGCAGCAGAGACAUUGAAGCUGAUGCGCCCCAUUGUCGAUGCGAUCAACACCCAGCCUGACGUGGCCAACACCGCGCCCCUAUAUUUCUGCACAGAUGAGAUCGGCCAGCAUCGCCGCAUCCUGGCAGAAAUGCUGGCAGCAGAAAGCAAAGCAGACGGCAAGGCGUAUGGUCUGGCGUGGUGUGUGGCCGGCGCUGAAGCUGCAGGAGGCGAUCUGGAGAAAACGCGAGAAUGGCUGGCUAAAUGGGCACCCACGCAGGGCGAGGGCUUGCCAUAA